AUGACUAAUCCAUUAAAUUUGGCUGAAAUACUAGUGUCAAUCCUAAAUUUUUUAUUAGCUGACAAGGCUCUUUAUCCUAUCUUAUUUAUUAACCGAUUUUGGUAUUAUACUGUAGGACAGAUACUAUGGAAGCAUAUCGAAUUCUUAGACUCUUUACGGCAAAAAAAGUUUUUACGUAUUUGCAGAAACUUAAAACCAUUUCAUGGAAUAAAUAGGCCUGUAAAGGUAUUAGCAGAAAUGUAUUAUAAAAGCUUGAUCAGAAUAUCAAGAUAG